ACAGCCCUAGACCCCUCUCACUGUUCUCUGACACACUGGAUGCUGCCAGAUUAGUCGCCUUCUCCCUUCUGCCUUCAGUCUGCGUAGCUUCGUCAGCCUUCUUCCUACCGAGUCCUGUGAAACCGUAGAGCAUGAAUUUUGCUCGAGAGUAAGGAGAGGCGAGUUUCAGCCGUGUUGCUGUUACGGUAAAGCGGACGGAAACUUGUCUGGAGCUGUACGACGAUACCGUAACAGUUUUCGUCGCGAACGUCGCACAAGUUUGCCACGAUGCUAGCUUCACCAGGCCAUUCUCCGCGCCACGUCAGCUCGCCUCCUCCCACCUCCGAACCUCCAUUACCGUCUUCCACUUCUAACGACUCCCCACCCGCGAAAGCCGGUUCAGCCAAAUUCUUGCCUCUUACCGCCGCCCUUACAACCAGUACCGUCGCUCCUUCCGCCACCCCCCUUCGCGGGGAGCGGAUGGGUCCGCCUCCCGCCAAGCGUCCGCGUCCCCGUCGCGCUCCCGUAGUUCUUGACGAGGACACUUAUAUCGAAGCGAUCGAGCGGAUCGUUCAGCGGGAUUAUUUUCCGGAUCUCCCGCGGCUCCAGAACCGGCUGGAGUGGUUGGAAGCGGUUCGAUCCGGUGAUCCUGUUCAGAUUCGUGAGGCGCAGGUGAAUAUCAUGCGAAGGCGCGCGGAAGCUGCUGCUGCAGCUGGGGGGUCGAGCCGCGGGAGCGAGGGACGGAGUGAGCUAAGGAGUGGAUUAAGGAGCGGUCGAGGCGGCUCGUCAGCGUCAGUUGCGGGUACGCCCCGCUCCUCCCUAUCGACCCCCGCGCUUUCCGCGGGUGCGCCUAGUCCCGCUCCUAGCCUCUUAUCCGAAGGCGAUUUAAGGACGUCGGAAUGGGAUAGAGACGAUACGUCCUUAGAUGGGAGAAAGAGAGGCAGCAGGAGGAGAUUAGAGGGGGAGGCAGCGGCGGCGGCGGCGGCGGCGGCGGCGGCGGCGGCAGUGGAAGGAGAAGGGGGGGAUGGAGAGGGAGAGGGGGACGGAGGUCCCGAUACAAGCCUAUCUCUUGACGAGUUUGUCAAAAGGUACACUAGCGAGGAUAACGCAUCGUUCGUGGAGAUUAAGGAGAAGGAUAAUCGCCGGCGCAUGGCUAAGGUGGCGCAUCUGCUGGCUUUAGAACAAGGCCCAGGGGAAGGGGGGGAAGGGAAAAAGGCUGGUAUGGAAAAGGCUGGGACAAAGCAGCUGACUGCAGCAGGAGAAACGGUGAAGCUUAUAACGGGUACGGGGGAGGAUGAUGAUAGGAAGACGGACGGGUUUGGAUCGUCGGGCCAGGCGACUAGUACACUCGAGACGUGGAAAUACACUUCGCGUAAUGCGCUUAUGUACCCGGCUGCUUGUAGAGAGGAUGCUCCGUUUUCCGUUAGAGAGAAGGAGCAGAGGUCCACAGGACCCCCUAAAGAAGUUCUUAAAACGAAUACCAGGUUUCACGGUGCCGUUACAGGUGGUAACCAGGCGAAGCAGCAGAAGCCACCACCUGAGGAAAUUGCCGCGGCACUGUUCACACCGUUACCUGGGGGUUCCCCUCUGCCUUAUGUGGACCCUACAGGGGAGCGUGAUGGGCGAAAGAGAUACGAUUUAGAGGAUCUUAGGCGAACGCCUCUAGGGUUAGCAGCAACAGGAGCAGGAGGGGCAGGAUCAGGAGGAGGAGGCGGAAUGGGAAGAGGAGGAGAAGGGAGAGGGCAGCAAGCGGAGUAUGACUAUGUAGCAACCCCGUCGCCUGCUCCUGGUGUCGAUGCGUCUCCCUUUAUGACCUGGGGCGAGCUGGACGGCACGCCUCUACGCCUAGACGCUGAAGACACCCCAGUGGGCUUUAACGACCUAGGUGGUGCUGGUGGGGGUGGGGGUGGGGGUGUUGGUGGCCCGCAUUUCACCAUGGCUGCUCCGCCGGCGAGGGAUGAGGCGGGUAUCCAUCUGUCGAGGUCGGCUGGGAGGAGUAUUCGAGAGAGGAAGCUGCGUGCUGCUGGGCUGACACCAGUAAGGGGGGCAGGAGCGGGAGCAGGAGGAGGGAGAGGGGGGGUGAUGUCUCCAUUUGCAUCUCCUGCUCCGAAAGGGACUCCUGGUGGUGCGUCUGCUGGUGGAAUGGGCGCGUGGGGGGGGCAGAGUCCGUUGGGAAGCGGAGGAGGGGGACUAGGGGGGGCGUCAGGAGGGGGGCUGUCGGCCGCGGCUCAGAAGCUGGUGUGUCGGGCGCUGAAACGGAGCAAAGCGAUUGUGGAUCCGAAGCUCAGAGCGAGUUACUCGGCGUCGCCUGUAGGGGCGGGGAGUGGGGGGAGGGAGGGGAGAAGCAGAAGCAGAAGUAGAAGCAUCGCUGGGACACCUGGGUCCGUUGCUGACUCUCCUGUAGUGGUGAGGUCGCUGAAGGGGACUGUGCUCAACCCUGCAGCCACCACACCACCACCAUCCCAUAGGAAAUGACCAAGAGAGGGCGGGGGGGGAUUGUCCUGUCAGCAGCAGCUCAGAAGCUAGAGAAGGAGCGUCGGGGGACACGGGGUUCUGUUGCUGACUCUCCUGUUGUGGUGAGGGCUUUAAAAGGGACUGUGCUCAACUCAACCCUGCAGCCACCACACCACCACCAUCCCAUAGGAAAUGACCGAGAGAGGGAGGGGGGGAAUUGUCCUGUCAGCAGCAGCUCAGAAGCUAGAGAAGGAGCGUCGGGGGACACGGGGUUCUGUUGCUGACUCUCCUGUUGUGGUGAGGGCUUUAAAAGGGACUGUGCUCAACUCAACCCUGCAGCCACCACACCACCACCAUCCCAUAGGAAAUGACCGAGAGAGGGAGGGGGGGAAUUGUCCUGUCAGCAGCAGCUCAGAAGCUGGUAUCUCGAGCGCUGAAACCCAGCGAAGUGAUUGUGGACCCGAAGCUUCGAGCUAGCUACUCGGCGUCUCCUACAGGAGCCGGGAGUGUGGGGAGGGAGGGGAGGGAGGGGAGAAGUAGGAGCAGAAGUAGGAGCAUUGCAUUGAAGCCUGACCAGAGCAGGAGCAUCGCUGGGACACCUGGCCUUGGGUCCGUUGCUGACUCUCCUGUUGUGGUGAGGUCGCUGAAAGCGGGACAGUUCUCAGCUCUGCUGCCACCACACCACCACCAUCCCAUUGGAAAUGACCGCGAGAGGAGGGGGGAAGGGGGAGGGGGGUGGGUUCGUCCUGUCAGCAGCGGCACAGAAGCUGGUGUCUCGAGCGCUGAAACGUGUGGUAGUAUUUUCGUUUUGAGCCGUCUCAAAGUGAUUGUGGAUCCGAAGCGAAGAGCUAGUUAUUCGGCUUCCCCUGGGGGGGAGCAGGAACAGGAGUAGGCGAUGGACAGGGAGACAGACGUUGCUGCAGCUUAUUUUGAGGAUUUAUUUUUCCGGUGCAUUCCAUUUUUCAGGUGGUACUGCUGCUGCAACUAUAGGUCAAUACAAGCACAGAGCUGACUUUUGAGUCGACUCAAAAGUCACAGUAACUAGGUGGUGUACAUGUGACGUGAUCACGAGUUGCCAGGAUGCAAUGCAAACACA